AAACAACCAGGCGUUGCCUUAUGAUGUGUCAACAACCAUGAAUCAGACUGUAAACGACUGGCCAAGUGACGAUGCGAGCGAUUCUCAGAACUGUGAUCUUUCAACUUCCGAUAGCGAGGCGUCUCAGCAUGCAACCUCAGCCCCAAGAAGCCGGCUGAGACCUGCAGGGAGUGUCUUGGCGUUCAUGCCAUUUGCUGACUGGGAGCCAGAACGGUCAUACGAAGGCGAACCAACGAUACGCUACAAUGUGGAAUGGAAAUUAUCCGUAAAGAACAGGGAACAAGCAGGCGAAUCAGAGCUAGACAUUGUGAUAUCGCCACACAAGUUCUGGAAACACGUCCUCCGACCGAAGGUAACUGUUGCGAGUGCGAAUAAGCCUUGGAAGGAGGUCGAGACGAAGCUUGUCCUGUCCGUAACCGACCGUAAAACAGCCAACAUAAGGAAGCGAUUCUCAAAAUUAGUUGUUGACUGGCUAUUUGUCGAGAAACAGCUUCAGGAAUGGAGCAAGUUUCUGAAUGACGGCAAGAGAAUCACCAUCACGGUUACGUUCUAUUACCAGUGCGUGGACACAGGUAAGCCUGGCAGAGGGGGGGCAACAGCCAACCAGGAAGCAGAGUUAGAAGCCAGAACGGCUGGUUUAGGCCGAGGGGCAUGUAUUAGGAAGGCAUAUACUCUUAUGCGCUGCCCUGGACCGCCGUGUACAAAAGGGGACCACUGCUGGCAGAACGGAGGGAAUCACUACCAACUUCAACCCCAUCAUGUGAGGAUGCUUGCCGAUCAUUUACAAUCCGGGAAAGUCUUAAACGGACACGAUGAUGUCCCAGAUAACUUUCGUCGAUUGGUGCUGGAUGACGAACGUGAGCGGCAAGAGAGGGAACAGAAGGAGCGAGAGAAGCAGAGGGAGAAGGAGCAACGUCGCAAGCGGAGGCGACGGGACUCAGAUGGCUCGUCGGUCAGUAUAACGGCCGUUCAUUGCCAUCGUUGUGCAACCGGAGACCUUGAUACCCCGAAGAUGGUUUUUCCAACGUCUCCUCUCUUGGAGUUUGAUCUGUCAAGGGAAGACGCAGUCACGGCGUACAGUGUAUGGCAGCGGUCACAAGUCAGCACCGAGGAACAGAAAGAGUCUUACGACAGUGCUCAGGAGUUGACUUUGGCGCAUUGCUUUGACCUUGACAUGCUUGCCAGCAACCAAGAAAGGAUGUACCGAUUUUACAAAAAGCAUGGCAUACCGGAAGGCGUUGUGUGGCGUUAUGUUUGUGAUGUUAGGUCGUGGGUGAAACAGCGCGAACGGGCAAAGAGCACAUGAUAGAUCAUUGCAGACAUUCCUUUAUUCUAGA